AUGAUGUUCUACACUCAGCUCCUCACUUCCAAGCGCGGGCCUCUGGCCAAAAUCUGGCUAGCAGCGCAUUGGGAGCGCAAAAUCACCAAAACUCAUGUGUUUGAAUGCAAUUUGGAGAGCACCAUCAAACACAUAAUCUCCCCACAGACAAAGAUCGGCUUGCGGACUUUUGGCCACCUACUCCUGGGAGUAGUGAGGAUAUACUUCAGAAAAGCCAAAUAUCUACUUGCUGACUGCAAUGACGCUGUUGUCAAAAUUAAAGUAGCCUUCAGACCAGGACAGACUGACAUGCCUGUUGAAGGACUGGAGGCCACACUUAAAGCCAUCACGUUGAUGGAGGAUUUCACUGACUUCGAUACCCAGCUACCAGACACAAAUGCCAUAGGUGUUGUGGACCAUUUUUUACUGAAUCAGUGCCGAACAGAGGACAUCACCCUCAAAGAGGAUUUUGGAAAUAGCUUUCUCACAUUUGAUGACUUUGGUGAUGAGACCCAGCCUCACCAAGGCGGCAUGUUAGAUGUGAGUUUCCUGAGCCUGGCCCAGCACGGAGAUGCUUUUGGCGAUGAGGACAAAGGCAUUGACAUCUUGGACUUCAUGGCCAGUUCCAGUGAGAAUGCUUUUUUGAUGGACCUUUUCCCAGCCGAACCACAAAAUGUGAUGCCAGAGAUUGCCCCCAUGAACAUUAACCAAGAAGGUCGUCCAGACUCUCCUACAUCUGUACCCAUGGAGGAGGAUAACCCUGUCCUGAAUGAGACAACACCUGUCCUGAAUGAGACGACUCUGUUGGUCAAUGAGGAGGAGGGCUUCGCUCUGGAGCCUGUCGCUGUGACCCCGACCUUAGAGAGGAAGAAGGGGAAGAGGAGAAGGAGACUGGUGGUGGACCAGGCCAAGGAGCUGUCCAACCAGGCCAUCAGGGAGCAGCUCACUGACUAUUCAGACCUCACUGCCCCACUGGAUAUAGCCCCACCCACCCACCAACUCAUGCAAUGGAAAGAGAGUGGAGGGGUGGACAUGCUCUUCAGUCACCUCUGUGCCCAUGUCAUUCAUCCACACCUUCAACAGCUCUAUUCCAGUGAUGUGUUUUGGGGGAAAACAAAUCGAGUUGGCAAUGAAGAUGACCGUGAAGAGAAGAGACAGGAGAGACAUGAGGUGGAAAGCGACGUGAGCGACCUGCCCAGUGAGUUCAGUGUCCUGCAUGAGACUAUGGAUCCUGAGAGAAUGGGACACAAUGUGGAGCUCACUCCUCUGCACCACAAUGGGACUGACAACCCACCUGAGGACGUCUGGGACACAGUACAUGAUGAGAGUAGAUUUGAGGUUUCUCACCCUGAGCUUCCUUCGGAGGAUUCCAUGCAUGUUCAUCCUUCUGGAAUGGAGAGGGAAACACCAUCGAAUGUGACAUGGAACACACAGUCUAUGGUGGACAGCCGGGAUGACUUUGAGGAGAGGAGGAUGACCAGCCGAGCUCAGAAAUUACUAAACGCUCUCAAAGUAAGAACUCACAGCAGAAGCAACGCCAUGUUCAGCCUGCAGAUGCUGUGUGAGAGGAACAGUCGCUCCCAGGCCUCGGCUACCUUCUUUUGCCUCCUGGUACUGAAGAAACAGCAGGCCCUGGACCUGCACCAGAGCGAGCCUUAUGCUGACAUUAUAGCCACACCUGGACUCAGGUUCUAA